UGAGCAGGGAGGCAAAAGAAAAUGGAGCACCAAUUGUGGUUCCAUGAACCUGCAAGAUGGCUUUGCUCCAGUGCUUGGUUUGGGCCCUGAUUCAAGUUGUUGCACUACCAUAGCCUUGGGUAAGGAAAUUGAGCAUGAGCCUUCAGUUCAUCUUGGUCUGUGUAACAACUACCAUAUUCAAAAUGAGAAAACAUCUAAACGAAUGAAUAUUUCUGGUGGCGCUGCCAAAGAUCAAGAAGUGGAGAAACCCAAGCUGGACCUUGAACUUAGUCUGUCAACUGUGCCUGUUGAGUCUGAUGUUACUACUGUUAUUCAAGGCUUCCCUUCACUUCACAAUUAUGUGGAGUCUACACCCAAGAAUGAUUCAAUACAACUGAUAGAUGAGGGGUCAACAUCAUCUCGAUGGAAACUAAGGCCUCUUUUGCCUCCAUUGCAGACUGCAGAAAACAUGGAGGGCAGAAUUCAUGCUACAAAUGCCCAUGGUGAUGGCACUAUCAGUCCUGUAGUAAGCACAUCAAAAAGCUUAGUUGUUUCUGCUUCUGGGGUAAUGCAGCAACAGCGGCAUAAUACUAGUGCGAAAACCUGUAAGUUCAAUGGAUGUACAAGAGGAGCACGAGGCGCUUCUGGACUUUGUAUUGCCCAUGGUGGUGGCAGGAGGUGUCAGAGAGCAGGCUGCCAGAAGGGCGCUGAAGGGAAGACAGUAUUCUGCAAGGCCCAUGGUGGUGGCAGGCGCUGCCAAUUUCUUGGUUGCACCAAGAGUGCAGAAGGUCGCACUGACUAUUGCAUUGGCCAUGGUGGUGGUAGUCGGUGCAGCCAUGAUGGCUGUACUCGCGCUGCAAGAGGCAAGUCUGGCCUGUGCAUCCGCCACGGCGGUGGCAAGAGGUGUAAGAUGGAAAAUUGCACUAAAAGUGCUGAGGGCAUUUCUGGCCUCUGCAUCUCCCAUGGUGGUGGCCGCCGCUGCCAAUACCCUGGCUGCGCAAAAGGUGCUCAAGGAAGCACAAUGCUUUGUAAAGCACAUGGUGGAGGCAAAAGGUGUACAUUUUUAGGGUGUACAAGAGGGGCAGAGGGCAGCACACCAUUCUGCAAAGGCCAUGGUGGGGGUAAAAGGUGUUCUUUCGAAGGAGGGUGCACAAAGAGUGUUCAUGGGGGAACAUUAUUUUGUGUUAAUCAUGGUGGGGGAAAGAGGUGUCAAGCACCUGAAUGCACUAAGAGCGCAAGGGGACGUACUAAUUUUUGUGUUCGUCAUGGUGGGGGCAAAAGAUGUAAAUCUGAGGGGUGCGGGAAGAGCGCUCAAGGAAGCACUGAUUUUUGCAAGGCACAUGGUGGAGGGAGACGUUGCUCUUGGGGCCAGUUAGGAUCAGAAUUUGGCGGCCUAGUUGGUGUUCUUACUUGUGAUAAAUUUGCCAGGGGAAAGUCUGGCCUAUGUGCUGCACACACUGCACAGGCGCAAGACAGGAAGACACAUGGUGGCACUUCAUCGGUUCAUGCACUACAUAGCCCAUGUUCUAGUAUGUUGGAGAUGAUGAAAGAGAAGAACCACCCCGAUGGUACUAAAACCACUGGAAAUAUCAAUUCAUCAAUUGAUUUUACGAACUAUAGGCGUCAGUUGAUUCCCUUGGAACUCCCAUCUCGGGACGUUGCUUCUGUUGGAAAUAGUUGUUUGGUUCACUUUUCACUUCCGGAAGGAAGGGUACAUGGGGGAAACCUAAUGGCAAUGCUAGGACACAGUACCAGCGUGGGUGGAAGCAGCAAUGAUCAAAUAGGCGACCCAUUGGAGCCAGGAAAGUCGUAUCCUAUGCCUCACAGCUGGGUG